AGACAGUAGUGAGGCACUACUUUGUGUGCAUGUAUGUCAGUCUUUUACAAGUUCCUCCUGGCCAUCUCUUUGUCACAGAUGCUGCUAAUGUUUGCUUUGGAUCAGCCCCACCAGGUCUGAGACCAUCUUGGUAUCCCUCAGAGCCAGGAAACCAUCCUGCCAGGGAAAUUAGUAUCAGAUGACCUGAUUGGACCCAAUAGCAACAUCAUGGAAUUGGAAAAGCGUUCGAAUGGCAUCCAUUACCCUGAGCAUGUGACCACUGAAACUAGGUGUACAGAUGAAGAUGGGACUGUUUUGCCAAGGUUUCAUGAUGCUGAAGCCACUCCAGAAGAACGUGAGGAAUUCCUACCUCAUAUGCCUGAUGAGCAAAACCAGAGUCACUUUACUGAUUUUGUUGGAAAGACCUCUUUGGGAAUGUCCAUCUUCAACCUCAGUAAUGCCAUCAUGGGUAGUGGAGUUCUGGGCUUGGCAUACGCCAUGGCCAACACUGGCAUCAUCCUCUUCGUGAUUCUGCUGACCAGUAUCGCCACCUUGUCUGCUUACUCAAUUCACCUUCUCCUGAGAAGCGCCGAUAUUGUAGGGAUCCGUUCCUAUGAACAGCUGGGUAAUCAGGCUUUCGGUGUUCGGGGGAAAGUGCUGGCGGCUUGUGUCAUCUCCAUACACAACAUCGGAGCCAUCUGCAGCUACCUCUUCAUUGUGAAGUCUGAGCUGCCACUGGUUAUUGGAACCUUUCUGGGAACCCCAUCCAACUCCGGAGAGUGGUAUCUGAAAGGGGAUUACCUGAUCAUCAUUGCCAGCCUGAUUAUUAUCCUGCCUCUUGCCCUCAUGCGGCAGCUUGGAUACCUUGGGUACACUAGUGGACUCUCCUUGACAUGCAUGGUGUUCUUCCUUAUCUCUGUGAUCUACAAAAAGUUUAAUGUCGGAUGUCCUUUAGAAGAUCACAACCUGACCCAGCCCUUAACAGCCAUGGUCAACAGCACCAGUGAUGACGAUGUGUGCGAGGCCAAACUCAUCACGUUUAACUCAAGGACGGCGUACGCCAUUCCAAUUGUGUCGUUUGCCUUUGUCUGCCAGCCAGUGGUUCUGCCCAUCUACACGGAACUCUGGAAGCCGACGAAGAAGCGCAUGCAGAGAGUUGCUAACAUCUCCGUCUUAGCAAUGUUUCUCAUGUACCUUCUUACAGCUGUCUUUGGCUACCUCACCUUCUAUGAUAAGGUGGAGUCGGAGCUCCUCUAUACCUACAAGGGAGACAGUGCAGACCACCUGAUUUUGUGUGUGCGUUUGGCUGUGCUCAUGGCUGUGACCCUCACAGUGCCUGUGAUCAUUUUCCCAAUCCGGAGAGCCCUGCUCCAACUCUUCUUUGAUGCCAAGCCUUUCAAUUGGGUGCGUCACAUCAGUGUUACAUUCGGCCUGCUGGUCUUUGUCAACAUCCUGGUCAUCUUGGUACCCAACAUCAAAGACAUCUUUGGAGUCAUUGGAGCCACAUCAGCGCCCACCCUGAUCUUCAUACUUCCAGGAAUAUUCUACAUAAGAAUUGUCCCUGAGAAUCUGGAACCACUGAACUCCAGACCAAAGAUUCAGGCUGCCUGUUUCGCAUCUGUAGGAUUCUUGCUUAUGGUGAUCAGCAUAUCCCUCAUCAUUAUGGACUGGGCAUCUGGAGGACAAUAAAGCACAGGUGGACACUAACACAUCACCUUCAGCCAAAGUCAUGAAGGCAGGACAGCACAUCCCUACCCUACUGGAGUGCCAGUCUCAGUCAUGCACGCCUUUGGCUUUGAUAAGGGUGACAAGGGUAAUAAGGAUGUUAAAGAAUAACAGAAGGAUACAUCCGCCACAGUGAAACCAAAAUGGCCAAAUCAACUGCUCUGGUAUCAGCAUUUCUAUUAGAAGCACAAUUUUAAGGAAAAUGUGGGAGAUUGCAUAACCCAGCACUCAAAAUACUCGGCUUUCCAUUGUCUCUUAAAUCAAACUGAGGCCACCACAAUGAUCACUUUGUAAGGGUCACGAGGAACCCUGCAUGCUGAGGAUGGGGAAGAAGGCGGGGCCAAACCUGGGCCGCCAGUUUUUCGUGUGUGCCCGGCCACAGGGAAACGCCUCCAACCCAGAAGCACGCUGUAACUUCUUUGCUUGGGUGGACAAGGGCAAAUAGCAAGGAGUGUAAUUGGAAGGGGGAGUGGCUUGGAAGGGGGAGUGGCUAAGAGUAUCAGAGAUUCCACUGGUCAAGGCUGUUUAUUCUCAUGACUUUGGAAUCACAUGGAAGGGGUACCGUCCUUAAAUGUGGACAUAGUACUAGGCAAAAGAUGAAAGAUACUGUGAUUAUGACAAGCCGUAGGUGAUGACAGAAAAGAGUAUUCCUGGCCCCAUGCAUUGUGAAAACUGGUCCUAUUUGUUUUAUUUCACCCCUGUAAUCGUGUCCGUUUCAUUUCAUUUUCAUGUUCAACUUUUUACAGAAGUGUCUUUUUAAAAAUGUUUACUCUUCAGAAUGGCUGGCCCAGAUUGCAAUAACUGAAAAAAACUUUUUGCUGUUUUCCAGUAUUAGUCAGUGUGAAAAAGAACAAAGAACAAAAAUGGACAUUAGUAUAGGUUGGGAGAAGGUGACAAAGUGGUUGCCUAGCACCCCCUGGUGUACUGACCUCAAGUCAUUCACAAAGGGACAGAUUGGAGAGCAGGCUGAAAAUCUAGGUUAAAAUACUGAGGGUUCUGGCUAGUUAUGGGUAAGGAAAAACAUUUAUGAGUGAAUUUAUUAUCUUCUCUGCUAGUUUGACAAAACACAGUUAAUCAAACUUUGUCUCCUACACAAAGGAAAUGUAUUACGUUUGUGAGAAAUACAGGUAUCUGACUAAACCUUUGUGUCACUGAGAAAAGAGCAGAGCCGGUCACCCUUUCUGUGUCCACCUUGGGCCCCAACUUCUGAGGGGCGCAGACUCCGAGGCAAAGUGAAAUACAAUCAUGUUGCAAUAUCACGGAAACAAAAAAAAAACAUUUUGUGGUUUGUAUAUUAAACACAGAAAUCAAAUUCUAUUACAAUCUGUUCAUACUAGAGAUGCAGAGAUUGCGUUUAAGCUAUCCGAGCUUUGCCAAAACCCGGUCAAAACAUCCGCGCGUAGAUGUAACAUUACGGUAUCAGAUCGCGUUUAUGGAAAACAGACUCCACGAUCCCGCAUA